GGGUCAUUCCGCCGAGAGGGGAGAGAGGUUCCUGUAGCUUCUGUGGAUUUGCCGUGACGCGCUGAUGUUUGUGUGCUCAUUGGGGCGAAGGAGAACCGAGGUGUCCACACAAAAGGAAUAGCUGUCCGAGGGUACAAUUUAAGAAAAGAAGCACCAUGGAUGAAGAGGAGCAGUUUGUGAACAUUGAUCUGAAUGAUGAUAAUAUCUGCAGUGUCUGCAAGCUAGAGACGGAAACAGGGACCUUAUCUUUCUGUCAUGUCUGCUUUGAGCUCAGCAUUGAAGGUGUCUCUUCUGCUACCUUGCUACACUCAAAGUCCCUGCGUGGCCACAGAGACUGCUUUGAGAAAUGCCACCUCAUCGCCAACCAAAAGCUGUCACGUUCCAAGGUCUCCCGAAGCGCCUAUGAGGGCAUGAAGCUGGCUCUGAGCCAGAAACUGAACCGCAUCAUUCAAUAUGCCCAGAACAAAGACUCUGUCUCCUCCAGCGGGCCCAGCAGACGGGGAGCCAAGCUUCUUUGUUACAGCCAGCAGAGUGACUGCAAGCUUCUGCCCCAGUCGGAUGCCCAGGUGCCCCGCUACACCCCACACUGGGACACGAGCAAAGCAACAGGGCUGCCUGAUUACACCAUGGGCAUGUUGGAGUGCCACACAGCAGAGGAGCUGGGGCUGCUGCAGCAGUCACAAGCUAACGUUUGGUCCUGUGACGGCAGGAAAGGUCUACACAGCCGGAACCAGUCGUCAGUAGGAGGACAGACACACCACAGACACCAGGGCCACAACAGAGAUGAACUGACUCAAAUGAGUGUGGAAGAACUCCAUCAGCUGAACACCCAGCUAUUGAUGCAGAUACAAAAGGUCUUCGAGGAGCUGACUGUGGCCGUGCAGGAAAAAGACUCGUUGGCGUCGGAGCUGCACGUGCGUCACAUCGCCAUCGAGCAGCUCUUUAAGAACUGUGCCAAGCUGCCGUGGCUGCACAUUAGCAGGGCCGGGGUCAAGGCCAGCAGCAGCAGCGGCCCUGUGGAGUGAGAUGGCUUCUGUCUCCACUGCCAGGAGGAAGCUGAUAAAUACUUUAACAUGCUGACUGCAGCGAGGCUGAAAGGCCUUCAUGUAUACUGAGUGACUUUUACGACACUACGGUGAUGUUGAGUUGUUACGUUUGCAUUAGAGCAGGGCUUGGUUGACACAGCCUCUGUUCUCGUGGUUGCAGUGAUGAUGCAAGGAUUAAUGGUGGUUUGCAGUUUAAAACAAAUUGCUGGUCUGGCAUGUGACCUGAAUUCCACCCAACUCAUGUACCCAGGAUGCAUGUUAAUACCAGACGGAACGGUGCUCCCGAGUUUCCUGGCCCAGUGACACGAUGAGGACAUUAUAUUUUAAGAUUUAUCUUUAUACAGUCUGAAAAGCAGUGUGUCUACAUAAUUUUACAUAAGUGUUUGCUGUGUGUUUUAUUUUAUGUUUGUUUAGUUUGCUGUUAAACAUUUCAGUUUUCUCUGUCUUUAUUUUCUGUAGAUAUGUUUUCUAAGUUUAAGUUUAAACGUGGAUAUUCAAAUAUGGGUUUUCGCACUGCUUAAUACUCCUCCAUAUGUUAUCUGAGGACUCUGUAGAAGGUGGUGAGUUACAGUAUAUUAUAACAUGGCUUGGUUGAAUACUUGAUGCAGAUUAGCUGGACGAUGUCUUAUCAUACUCCUAUCGUUAGGCACUGCCAGCAGUAGUGUUUGAACACUGCAUUAAGGACUGAAAAUUGGGACCAAAAAUUUUAACACAUUAGAAAUAAGAUUGGGUCUGAUCUGGAACAUGGCAUGGGCAUGUGCAAGACAACACCCAAAAGUGCCCUAAAGCAAAGACAAAUCAGAGUGUUAAAGUUAACAAGGCUGAACUAGCUGUGCAGGUGUGUGUUUGUAGGGUUGAUGACUAUUAUAGGAGUGUCCACGAACUUUGUAACAGCUAGUUGGUAUGCAGCAAGUGGAAAUAUCAGUUAAUAACUAUCAGUUAAUAGUGAUAGGUAUUUUGCUUUUUUAUUCAGUUUUUGGGUUUAUAGUCACUAUUGCUGGAGAGAUUUACUUGAUAUUUAGUACAGAGCUGUUUGUCGUAUGUGUGGCUAUACACUGAAUGAGCGCAAUCGGAAGAGGAGAAGUUAAACUGUUGAAAAAGAAAUGUAGCUGCCAAACCAAAGUCUGUAUUUGUCCUGUUUCACCUGUGAACUCCAAGCAUUUGCCUAGAGUCAGUAAAAGGAGGAAGAUGCAAUACCAAACGAUUUAAAAUCUAUGUGGCUUAAUGAUUUUCCUGCGAUGUUUGGUUCAGUUUGUGUAAUUAUGAACCACAGAUUAUUACUCUAAAGGUGUUUGAUGUGGAAAGGAUUAGUUCUCAAGUACACACGGUGUAUGUUUUAUGAUUUGUUUUAUUUAUCUUUUUCAUUGUUUGUUCGUGUGCAGCGUUAACUGUUGUUGCCCUUUCUACGGUAUUGAUGCAUGAGAGCUAAGUUGAUGCCAUAGCAAUACAAACCAGAUAGUUUAGUCUACUGUGCCUCUGGAGGUCCCUGAUUUUUGAACAAAAAGAGACAGAGAAGGACGUAGGAGAUGGUAACGGUCAGAGUUUGAAGCCUGCAGCUUUGGUUAGUUUAUUAUUCAGGAACCCUAUGCAAGAAAGAGACAGAUAAAUCAGAAGCCUUAUUAUGUAGAAAAUAGCUCAAAGAAUAUUUGUUGUCUGAGCUUUCCUCAGAGGAGGUCACAGCUACUCAAGUGUGAUAAGCUGGGGAAAGACAAGGUCAUGAUCAGAUUGAUGUUUAGAAAAACUCAGCAUUGUCAGUGUAUCUCUUUUGCUCUCUCUUUGUAAGAGAUUAAAUGUGUUUGACCCCUUUCAGGGUCUAAAGUUAAAGGUUUUAGCUCUAAACUUUUAUCUUGGUUUUAUUUGGAUAACUGUAAUCAGUGUGCUUGAGAGGACUUGGAUUACUGGUCCUUUUUUAUUUUAGUUAUUCAAUCUUCAGUUGUAUGUUUUUAAUUUGUGUUUUUAAUUAUGGAUGCAGUGUAUUUCUGUAUACUGUAGAAACAUGCCUCUGCUCAGCAAAAAAUUCAGGCUGCCUGGUUUUGGUUGUCCAUUGUUGGUGGUCUCAUUAUCAGUUACUGGAGAUGUAAGCAUACUUGUUACACUUCUGCCUCCUUCCUUUAGACUUGACUCUUCGUUCAUUUGUUUUCUAAUGUUGAACAAGGCUGCAUUUGUGUUGUGUGAUAUUUUACAUUCUAUUUAUUGUGUGUGUUCAUGGACCUUAAACAGGCUGUGUGAUUUGUGCUUAAGUGACAGUUUGUAUUUUUUUUUGUAAAAUAUUUCAAUAAAAUGAAAUUAUUUUUUAUUA